CUACUGUUCUUCUCAUUCUCAGCGCUCUGUUUAGAUUAUGGGUAUAGCAAAAGAUCUGAGAGUCCUUGGAGUGAUUCUUGUUUCUCAUUAAAAGAAAAAGAAUGCUUACCAUUUACUAAUCCUAGCUAAAAAAGGUUGAAUCAAACGUUGCUUAGUCUUGACUCUUGAAGACGAACGAAACAUAUCUGUACCAAGAGCGACAUUUCAACUACCAUCACAUCUUUAAAGGACAGAACUGUAUAGUUGUUGUAACCAAUAAACAAAUUUAGCCACUAAUCUGUAUUUACUGUUACUAAUCAGACAUUACAUUAGCUGUCAAGGAUAAGAGAAAAUCAUUUUUUAGGUAGAAGUUGUGAUCUAAUGUGGCGCGCCCACAUGGUCGAUGAUCACUAAGGGAGAGAGCUUAUUGUCUCCCUCCCAUUUCUAUAUUUAAUGUUUCCUCUCUAACCACUCUUAUCCUAUCACCACGAUUCCUCGGACUAGGUCCGUUCUCCUUUCUCCCACACCCUCUCUCCUAGCUUUUUAGAUAUGUCGUGAUUCAGAUUUGAUACAAAAGUUUCGAUAUUUAUGAGGAGGAGGGUGCGUAAAGCUCGAAACUUUAUCCACUUCUAUAGUUUCACUUUUUUGAGCUCUUCCCAAAAAUGGCAACGAAACAGCUGUAACAGUGGAAAGCUACACGCUCUCAAAGGCAAAAACCUCGUACUCAACGUUGAUGGAGCCAUUGGAUCUUUUUUCUUGGACCUUCUAGCUGGAAGUGAGAUGUUCACUAAGCAAGAGAUUGACGAGAUUGUUCAGAUCGGUUAUCUGAAUGGUCUCUUUGUUCUUGCUCGCUCCAUUGGUUUGAUUGGACACACAUUUGAUCAGAAAGGUUGAAGCAGCCAUUGUACCGUCACCCAUGGGAAGAUGUGUUGUACACUGUGCCUAUUUUUUUUUUGGCACUGUUCUAGUUAAAUUAGCUUUUAUAUUAUACUGAGAGAUGUUACUAAAACAUGUAUGCCUAUGCUUUUCCUUCUCCUUUGUUGUGAUGUUAUGUUUGCUUUCUACUUAUUUUUUGCUAUAUGCAUACUGUUUUUAUCUUUACAUCAAGAUCUCUAAACAAUUAAAUCAGUGACAUUUUUUCUUACAUAUUUGUUUGGUAGCACUAGCAAUGCAUUUGGACUGAUUAACAAGAGAUUGAUGAAUUUGAAGUCUGGCAUUGAAAUAUUUUCUCUCAUCAAUCUCUUUAACUUUGUGUGUUCAUGAUUUGCUGUAUGGUCUUGUAUGAUUAAAGUUCAUUAUAGAAAACAAUGCAUCAAAUAUGCAGUCAAUUAAUUUCUCAUCAAUUUAUUACUCCAAACAUGAAAAUAAUGAAUAAAUAAAAGUUAAAAUAAAAUUUAAAAGGGCUUUAUUAAUCAAAAAAAAAACCAUGGCCCAUCAUGAGCCCGAAGGCCGAAACUCAAUAUCUUUAAGAUUAAACUCAAUAACCAAACAAAAAGAUGUAAAGAUGUGGCUGCUGGGAUUCGAGCCCAGGUCUCCACGGCCACAACGUGGAAUUCUCACCACUAAACUACAGCCACAGUUGAGAUAACACCCGAAACAAACUAAUUUAUUCGCAACCCAUCGCACGUGACCGAACCCUUCCCUAGGUGCUAAAAUAACAGCAAAACGCAUCGUUUAAAGGGCCAAGUUCGUUUUAGUUGUUCUGUUUCUUCUUCUAUCCAAGUGCGUUUCUCCACCAAAAAAAAAUCCUUGGCCUUCUACACACCGAUGCUCAACAACACUAACAACACCAGACCCUCACCUUAUACGCCUCUUUGAUUCUGAUCCUCUUCCUUUCGAAUAAUCAUCGAAACCUAAAUUGACUUAUCUCGGGGAAUCUGGAUUCAAUCCCGUCUCCGCCGAAUCCAAACGGACCUGAACGUUUCAACGCCUCACUAAACCGCCGCCGUUUUCUUGGACACUUAGACGCGAGGGUCUGAUGGCUCUUAGGAAAAAUACUCCGAAAGCCGAUUCAGUCUCUCCCCCGAUGAAACCUUUGAGUUUAUCUAAAAAAUUGCCAGGGAAUGUGCAGAUGGCAGACCCAGAUAUUGCUCAAAAUGUUGUACCUAACAUCGACUUGGAUAUGCGGGAAGUUUACUUUUUGAUGCUCCACUUACUUUCCUCUGGGCCAUGCCAGAGAACUUAUGCACUGUUGCGACAUGAACUUCUUGAGCAUGAGCUUCUUCCUAGAAGAUAUCAUGCUUGGUACUCGAGGAGUGGGUUGCCUAGUGGGGAUGAGAAUGAUGAUGGAGAUUCCUUUCCUCUAAACUAUGCUGAGUUGGUCAAGAGGUAUUCUCACGUAAAAAAAGAUCACUUGGUGGAGCUCCUGAAGCAAUUGGUCUUUGUUUCAAGUAGGCCUACUCCCUCACGCGGUCUCGGUGAUGGAAAUGGAAACAAACUGAUUGCACCUGGUGUCCCAACUCUUUUAGGGACUGGCUCGUUCUCCCUUUUGAGCUAUGACAAGGACAUAGUUGGAAGUGAUCUCAAACCACCACCUAUUAGCAUGCGUUGGCCUCAUAUGCGUGCUGAUCAGGUGCGUGGUUUAAGUUUGAGGGAAAUUGGUGGUGGUUUUGCCAGACAUCAUCGAGCCCCAUCGAUUCGUGCAGCAUGUUAUGUCAUUGCAAAACCAUCUACAAUGGUACAAAAGAUGCAGAACAUCAAGAGGGUACGUGGACACAGAAAUGCUGUGUACUGUGCUAUAUUUGAUCGCUCAGGAAGGUAUGUAAUCACUGGUUCAGAUGAUCGCCUUGUAAAAGUAUGGUCAAUGGAGACUGCAUACUGCCUGACCAGCUGUCGAGGGCAUGAAGGUGACAUAACUGAUCUUGCUGUGAGUUCAAACAACACUUUCAUAGCAUCCGCAUCAAAUGAUUGUGUAAUCCGCGUUUGGCGAUUGCCAGAUGGCUUACCAGUUUCGGUACUUCGUGGACAUACUGGAGCUGUUACUGCUAUUGCAUUUAGUCCCAGACCUGGAUCCCCGUACCAGCUUCUUUCAUCGUCAGAUGAUGGUACAUGUAGAAUAUGGGAUGCUCGGGGUGCUCAAUUUGCUCCGCGAAUAUAUCUCCCUAGGCCUCCUAGUCCUGAUGGAAAGAACAAUCUCCCUUCUUCUAGUAAUGCUCAGCAGAGUCACCAAAUCUUCUGCUGCGCAUUCAAUGCCAAUGGAUCUGUAUUUGUCACUGGCAGCUCUGACACUCUUGCUAGAGUAUACUCGGUUUGGAGUGCUAACAAGAUCAAUAAUGAUGAUCCGGAUCAGCCAAAUCAUGAGAUGGAUGUUCUGGCUGGACAUGAGAAUGAUGUUAAUUACGUUCAGUUCAGUGGUUGUGCUGCAGGAUAUAAAUUUGCCGUAACUGACUACUCAAAAGACGAUAGUGUUCCAAAAUUUAAGAAUUCCUGGUUCUGUCAUGAUAACAUAGUUACAUGCUCUCGUGAUGGUAGUGCAAUCAUUUGGAUCCCAAGAUCACGGAGAUCACAUGGGAAAAGCUGCCGAUGGACACGAGCAUAUCAUCUCAAGGUUCCACCUCCGCCCAUGCCUCCUCAACCUCCUAGAGGCGGGCCACGUCAAAGGAUCCUGCCUACUCCUCGUGGGGUUAACAUGAUUGCUUGGAGUCUGGAUAAUCGUUUUGUCCUUGCGGCUAUCAUGGAUUGUAGGAUAUGCGUGUGGAAUGCCUCUGAUGGUAGCUUGGUACAUUCUUUGACUGGCCAUACAGCAUCUACAUAUGUUAUGGACGUCCAUCCUUUUAAUCCUCGGAUAGCUAUGAGUGCUGGCUAUGAUGGACAAACAAUAGUGUGGGAUAUAUGGGAAGGCAUACCUAUCGAAACAUACAAGAUUUCACACUUCAAGUUGGUCGAUGGGAAGUUUUCACCGGAUGGAACGUCAAUUAUACUUUCAGAUGAUGUGGGCCAACUCUACGUAUUAAGCACAGGCCAAGGGGAUUCUCAAAAGGACGCUAAAUACGACCAGUUCUUCUUGGGGGAUUAUCGGCCAUUAAUUCAUGACCUAUAUGGUAAUGUCCUUGACCAGGAAUCUCAGCUUCCGCCUUAUCGCCGAAAUAUGGAGGAUCCUCUUUGUGAUUCAGCGAUGAUUCCAUAUGAAGAGCCAUAUCAGACAAUGUUUCAGAAACGGCGACUUGGCGCCUUAGGCAAAGAUUGGCGACCAUCUGCUUUAAAGCUGGCUGUAGGGCCAGAUAUCACUUUGGAUCAAGAUUACCAAAUGCCACCUCUGGCAGAUCUAGACUUAGCUGAACCGUUGCCAGAAUUUGUAGACGUGAUGGAGUGGGAACCAGAAGUCGAUAUCUUGAGCGAUGAAAAUGACUCCGAAUACAAUGUGCCAGAAGAGUAUUCGUCUGAAAAAGAGCAAGAAUGUUUAAACUCUUCAACCUCUGGUGAGUCAGGUUCUAGUUCUAGUGAAAGCGAUGAGGACGGUGAUCAUCAGAAUAGCCUUAGAAGAUCCAAAAGAAAAAGACAUAAGACAGGAGCUGGGAUCAUGACUUCUUCGGGUAGGCGUGUUAAAAAGAAAAACGUUGAUGAGCUUGAAGGAGCUACAAACAAGAACAAACGUAGCAGGAAAUCUAGGAAUGGUCGUAAAGAAUCGAAGAGAAAAUCAUCAAAAUCUAAAUCGUCCAGACCUAGGCGAGCAGCUGCUCAAAAUGCCCUCUCUUGGUUUUCUAAGAUUACUGGUAGAUCUAAAGAUGCAGAAGAAGAGGAGGAUGUCUCUGAAUUGAGUGGGUCAUCAGAAAGUGAAUCGACAACACAGGACUCAGGCACUGGGGAUAGUGAACUUGAUGUAGCUUUGUUAAAUGGGCAUGGCAAGCAAUCAAAAGGGAAAAACAUUCUCGUAUGUGAUUCAGACGAUGGGGCUCAACAGUGUGAUAUUAGAGAAACUCAUCCUGCUGAACGGAAGAGAUUGGUUGUCAGGUUUCCUGUUAAGAACUCAGAUAAGCUUACCUUGCUGGAGAACCUACCUGGAACAUCUUCUCAUGUUCCAACUCCAACUUUAGGGAAUGGCUGUGCGGAAGACUCGAGCGUUCCUGAGAACCUUGGACACACUAACCAAUUUAAUGGGUUAGAUGCAAGUGAAGUCAAAUGGGGAAUGGUUAAGGCUCGUACAUCAAAGCGAAUGAGAUAUGAAGCAAAAUCAUCGCAUGGACUUAUGGGCUCUGAGCCAGAGGGAAAAGAAAAGAAUGUUAACGAAGAUGAAAAUCACGAUAAUGGUGUUUCAGCACCUAGUUGUUUGGGAACAGAUACAGAUGGCGUUGCAGUUGACGCCCACUUGGCGAUUUCUAAUGGUUUGCCAAACGGUGAUGAACGAUGCCUAAUGGAUGGGUCGCCAAGUCGAAUGGCUGAUGACGGUGCUUCUAAAUGUUCUCAGGACGUAACCGGUCCCCUGCAUGAUCUGAAAGAUAGCCUUCCACCUCUCUCUAGAACGUUGAGGAUACGCUCCAAGAGGGCUUCAAGGGCUCCUGAUACAUCUUUGAAGCAAGAAGUAAAAUCUUCAUCAAUAAAUGAGGAGAAUGGUGGCUUUGUCGUAAAUGAUGGUUCUGCAGACACUAGAUGUGAUUUGGCAUUGGAAUCUCAAAAUGAUGGUGUGGUUGGAACAGAGCAGUCUCUGAGAAAUGAUUCAGCGCAUGAAUCAAAUCCGCCUAUCGGUGACCCUGUCUCUAUUGCUAAUGAUGUUCAUGUGUCACAUCCUAAACGGAUGUUUGAUUUUGUCUAUAGACGACUGAAGUCACGAAAGCAUAAGAAUAACUUAGACGGGGGUGCUACUCUUAGUCAAGAAAUAAGUCUAGGUUCUUGUAGUCAGGAUCAGAGUAGUGGCGCUAAUUCCCAUGAAGUUGUCGCUAAUGGGUUCCGUGGGACGGAGUCGAAUGGAUUGGAGAAGUCGGAAGGCAGUUUGACAGACAGCCGAGAUAAACUAAGUAAUUCACGCGGAAACCAAAACUCUCAAGAAGAAGAGAGAUCAACUUCUGGGGCAACACUUCGGUUGAGAUCAACAAGGAAUAGAAGGUCUACUUAUCCUUUUAGUGAAACUAAACCUGCUGAAACAAAAAAGCCUCAGCAGUCAACAGAAAAGGUAUCCUGGUUGACAUUGUCGACACAUGAAGAGGGUUCUCGUUAUAUUCCACAAAAGGGGGAUGAAGUUGCGUAUUUGCGACAGGGGCAUCAAGAAUACUUAAACUUUAGCUCUCCGAGGGAAGUGGCUCCUUGGACUUCAAUAAAGGGAGGAAAUAUGAAAGCGGUGGAAAUUUGUAAAGUGGAAAGUCUUGAAUACGCAACACUUGCUGGUUCUGGGGAUAGCUGCUGCAAAAUGAUACUUGAAGUCAUCGAUCCAAACUCUGAAGUGUUCAACAAAACUUUCAAACUUACAUUGCCUGAUGUGGUGACAUUUCCAGAUUUUCUAGUGGAAAGAAGUCGGUAUGAAGCGGCAAUACAGAGGAACUGGACUUUCAGGGAUAAAUGUAAGGUUUGGUGGAGAGACGAAGGCGAAGAAGAUGGUAGCUGGUGGGAAGGACGGAUCCUAGCUGUGAAAGCCAAAUCACCUGAUUUUCCUGAUAGUCCGUGGGAGAGGUACACAGUUAAAUACAAGAGUGAUCCGACUGAGACGCAUCUUCACAGUCCCUGGGAGCUUUUUGAUGCUGAUACCAAGUGGGAGCAGCCUCACAUUGAUGAUGAUGAACGAAAGCGUCUUCUCUUGGCCUUAACAAAGUUAGAGACUUCAAAUAAAAGAACCAAGGAUUCUUUUGGCCUUCAAAAACUGAACCAGACCGUGGGAAGCUCCAGCUAUACCAACAUGUUCCCAGUUCCUUUGUCUCUUGAAGUAAUCAGAUCAAGGCUUGAGAAUAACUACUACCGGAGUGUGGAAGCAUUAAGACACGACGUAGCAGUUAUGUUGUCCAAUGCAGAAACUUUCUUUGGUCGAAAUAAAAGCGUAGCGGCCAAAAUCUCACAUCUCUCUAAAUGGUUCGACCGCACGCUACCCUCGUAGCAGUAGUGCCCUAUGUAGAUAAAAUCUCUGCUUUUUUUCUCAUGUCCCAAAUUCUUAGUUAGGGUUUCAGUAUUUUUUUCUCAAAACCUCUAAUUCUAAUGAAUGGAGAGAAUAUUAGGAGUUUUUUCUAUGAUUUUUCUUAGGGGAUUUUAGGUUUAGGGUUAGUUGAAAAGAAUCUUUUCUGUGUAAGUAAAGAAAUAUUGGAGAGGUCAAAAACAUUUGAUGCUUUGGAGAACAGAGAACCAUCUUCCGUUGAA